AUGCCACCGAGAAGAGCACUCUUUGGACGCCGUGGAGGUCCAAACCUCCCAAUUUUGAUUUCAUCAUCUUCAGACUCUUCGCCGCCAUCUACUCCGGCACCACUUCCGACUCCUAGCUUUGAGGCUACACCUUCAGUCUCUAGCUUUGAGACUGACCCAUCUGAAGGGUCAUAUGAUCAGACACCGGUGCACAUUCCUUUGUCUCCAGAACCGUACUUUAUGAACAUCGAGGUUGAUUUGGUACACGAUAGUCCAGUGCAUGGAGAUCAUCCCACAGCUCCUGCAUCUCCUGCCGCUCAUAUUCCACCGGCCCCUGCUGCUCAUAUUCCACCGGCCCCUGCCGCACCUAUUCCGGCAGCACAACCUCAACCAGCGCUAACCGAUCCAGCUAUAAUAGAACUUCUAGAACUGAUGGCUGAGAUGGUGAAUUUGCAACAUCAAGCAUUGAAUGCACAGCGUGAAGCACAGCGUGCUCAGCCAGCUCCACCUCAGCCGAUUCUGCUGUGCAGCGAGGACGGGGAGGUAGAGCUUUUCGGGGAGGUCGAUCUGGAGGUCCUACCCAACUUGUUUCACUUGUGGCCAGCUGGGCCAUGUUAG